GACCGCUCUACAUACCAAUACCGGUGCAACCCAGCAACAACUAUUGGAGCCGAGAAUGGCGCAACUGGAGACCUUGGAAGCGAAGAUCAGACGGAUCAAGAACUUGAAGAAUCUUUUUAGUCCACGUAUCAAAUUAAAGUUUGUCAAACAAAUUAUUUGUUCAAAGAAUUAGAAUGUUUGUUUAAACAUUGUGUAAAAAAUAAAAACAGAAUUCUAUCAUUGGAUGGAUCAUUUUUGUCAAAGUCAACGUCAAAUUGAUGAUGAUUGGUUAAUGAGAAUGAAGUGGGUGGGAAUUAAGAGGGGUGGAGUUAACCUAAAUGUUCGUUUGUUUACAAUCGAGUGUCGUUUUUAAUACUUGGUGAAUCAGGGUGGUAACUCUUCGUCUGUUCAUUCGUUUCUUCGUUCGUUCGUUCGUUCGUUCGUUCGUUUUGCUGUGUCAAGGAUGAAAAUAAAAGAAAGAAAAAAAAAAAAAGGAAAGAUAGGAAAAAAAAGGGAUAAAAAAGGUGAAGGCGAUGGACCGCUUUUAUUGGCGGUUCGGCGAUAGCCCCCACGGGAGAUGUUAAGGCCGUUCAACCAGUGAUUUAUAUGCAAAGAAAGCCCCUACUCGCGUUUCGGAACCCGCAUUACCUAUAACCAAUGGCGUCGACAUACGCCAUUGCAUCUCCAACUUUUUAUACCUAACCUCCAAAUAUUUACAAUAUUUCAUAAAAUCAUUCUUUAGUUUCAUUUAUUUUUCCAACAUUUUCAAUAGUCGGAAUAACGAAGAUUUUUUUUUGCUAAAAAAAUUAAUCCUUUUUCUCUUUUUUCCUUUCUCUUAUCAUACAAAUGAAGAAUAAACAUUAAAUAAAGUUUGUACGAGUUAGUAAACUGAUGUGAAAUGUGAUUUAGAAAGAAAGAUGGCGAGUAUCGAAGUAUCCCUUUCAACAACACCGAGAAGAAAGAAGGGUGGUAGUUUAGCUGGUGGGGUGGUAACAUCAUCCCUCGGUCACCGUAAUAAAGAUCAUUACAAAGAACUCGACGCCCUUCGUAUAGCCCUUCGCGAUAAGGAAAAUAUUAUACAGACGUUGAAGGGUCAAUUGUGCAAUAGCUUGAGCAACCGACUAGCAUUGCGAAAUGGUGCUGCACCACCCUUAACAGAGGCUGACAGAAAAGCUACUGAGGAAAGACUUCAAAGGUUGAGACGUGACGCGGACAACAAGAGAUUGGCUAUAAAAAAUCUCAAACUUGCUUUGGAACGUUUAGACAUAACCGAUAACAUCGACGUUCGUAUACAACAAGCAGAAUUGGAGUACAGACUAGGUCGCGAAGAAUUGGAGCUUUUGACAUUACGGGAAGAGAGCAGGGCACUUCAAACGGCCUUGGAAUUGGCAGAAACCCAAGAGAAACGGAAAAAUGAUACCAUAUAUAGUUGCAUUUCCGGGUCAACGCAAGUCACCGUGCAUGCCGUCGAAAUUAGUGCAGAUCCAAAGAGUCCUCGUUUCGGUGCUGGACCAAGAGACGAGAUGCCUGGUCUUUACGUUGAUUGGGCCAUCGAAGAUUCUGGUCUUUGCAAAGGUGACAGGAUACUCGAGGUGAACGGGAAACUCGUUGUAGGAGCUAGUAAAAACGAUUUGACGAGACUGUUAGCUGUUGCACCCGACGCAGCACAAAUCGUAGUAUUACGAAAAGGUGAAUCACUUGCUGCAUUACGUACACUUAGAUCUGAUAAUUUAAGACUCACACAUAGAAUUGGAUAUCUCGAGGAACAAGUGAGAGAUCUGUUGGCACCAACCAGAACCGAAUUAAGUUCAACGGAUUUGUCAUUGGCUGGUCAAGAACACGUUCAGGUUUUUCAAAAAGGUCCUCAGGUAACUACCCUAGUCGCAAAUUUAACCAGUCCUAAGGUCAGAAAUCCGACAGAUUUGAGACAAAGUUUACCAAGCAUGCGUGGCAGACAAAACGAUCAUGGUAGAUCAUCAUCACACUUUGUUACAUCGAGAAGUCCUAAAGAAAAUGAUUUCUUUUCCGACGGUGUUUCUUACGGUGGUCAUCAGAAGCCGAGAAAUCGGCAAAAACAUCAAGCAUUUCCAUUAGGUAGAUCCACGGUUAGUUUGGAUUGCAAACAAAUGCAAUCUCAAUUGCAACGUAGAAGAUUGGCAACUACCAUGGAAUCGAGAAUGGAAAGUAGGAAGAGUCAACAAUUGCAGACAUUGGAAUUUGAUUCCGAACCUACUUAUUAUCGUCAGGAUUCUCAAUCGCGAGUAUCGGAAAAUUCGGAAAUUCUCAGCACGUACAGUUCACAAGAAACUAAAAUCCGGCCGGCACCACCUAAAAAACCAUUGAGACUUUCUCUUCAUCGUGCUGCUAGUCUUCAGUCGGUUGAAAGUGCACCGCCUGCGGCAACGACGACCCUUCACGAGAGCACUCGUAAAUCAUCCAAGAGGAACCAUCGUGGUGAACCCUAUUCCUCUUUGGAAAAGGGCUCGACGACGAACGAAGGAAACCAAGAUGCAAACCACAGAAUACAGGAAAUGUUGCAACACGAUCUUUCUUCGCAGCAGCAGCAGCAGCAACCACCAACACCACCAACACCAAGGACACCUUCCAGAGCGGAAUCUUGCCAGAAUGCUUUGCGGUGGCCUUCGCCAAAACCGAGAUCACAUUUGGCUUCCGUAUCUACGGAAAAGUGGUGUUGAGUGUUGUUAUUUCACAUCGAACAAAAACUCUUCAAUACUCGAGAACUCUACUCAUUUUGUGUGUGUGUGUGUGUGAAUCUGACGUUCACAUAUUUACAACAAAUAAUAAAAUAUUAUAUUUCAUCGAUUUGUAUAGAAUCGUGACGAAUAGUGAUAUUUUUUUUACAUGUUAAUGAAAAAUUAUUGAUAAA